AUGGCUGAGAGCUUUCAAUGCCCGGCUUCUAGCCAUGCGCGACUUUCCCAGCUGGCUGCUGAAGCAGGUGUUCCCGUGGAUAGCCAGCCACCACUGCAUAAAAAGGAAUUGGCUUUCUUCAUUGUUGAAAGUGAUAAGCGUGAGUCUGAGAAUCUUAUGAAACGCAUACGGCAUCAGAUUUUCUCGUCCAAGUCGCAUACAUUUCGACGGAGCCCAAGCCGGCGUGGUUUCGUGAACCAUGAGUUACACGCCGCAAUUGAGACGCUUAUUCAAGAUGACGGGCCUAUUGGUGUCCUUGCAUGUUUACUUGAUAAAGUCAGAGAAGCCAAGGCUAAAAGGAAGCUAUUCAAACUGUUUGAAGACAAAGAACUUGAUCUAAGCAAUUUUCUAAGGUUUGCCACAGAGAAAAGGAGGCUCGAAAUGAUGGAUCUAUUAGCGCCUCAUGUUGAUCUCUCUGCUCUAAAUACAUCUCUUCAAUCGGCGGCGACGAUGCUUGAUAUUGAUUGUGUUACUAUCCUUCUUCGUCACGGUGCUGACCCAAAUUUUUGCCAGAGUGCUUUUCUUACGAUUGUGCAGAAUAACAACCUACAAUUAGCCCAAAUUUUUCUUCGGUCCCCAAAAACGCUCUCCACCUCGUGUCUUGACGAUGCCCUGCCUCUUGCCGUAUCCAAUCGUUCUUUACAGCUCUCCGUGGCUCUCCUCAAGCAGGGGGCGAAUGCGGAUUUAGGAACCGCUUUCGAGACUGUUGUUAGAAAUGGAACUCCUGACUUUGUUGCUGCAUUUGUAUCUGCUAAACGCUCUCCUUCUCCGGUCUCGCUUGAUCGGGCUCUCGGAAUAAUACUUAGCAAGUUUUGGGUGAUAGGGCCAGAACAGCGCUUUAUAGUCGAAAUACUUCUUUGCGGCGGUGCAAAUGGAGGCAAUACCACGGAAGCGCUCAUAAGGGCAGUUGUCACUGAUGACUGUAAACUUGCGUCCCUGGUCAUUUCCUACCGAGAUACCGUCUUCUAUGACCCAACACAGCCGAUUAUUAAAGCCUUAGAAACGAAAAAUGAGCGGAUUCUGAACAUUCUCCUUGCCGAUCGACUUGAUCCCCAGUGUGCUUCCGCCGUUUUAUCUAAAUUCCUCAAGAUACCUAGCUCUAUUUCGCCAUCUAAAAUAUUAUCAAUGGCUUCGACUUUGGUGGAACGUGGUGCCAGUGGUGAAUCAUUACAUGAAUGUUUAAUCGAUGCGGUUCGGAUAAAAGAUACAUCUCUAGUAAAGCUUUUGGUCCAUCACGGAGCGUCUACGGACUAUCAAGGUGGGGCGGCUCUUGACCUUGCUAUUUCUUCAGAAUCGUCAGAAACAUUCAGUGAGCUGCUAGUUGGAAAACCGUCGCAAGAAACUUGUUCUCGCUGUUUUCGCCUGCUGCCAAAAUUAUCCGAAAAAUAUCAAUUCCAGUGGGCUUCAAGCUUACUAGAAGCUGGUGCCCGAGGCGAUGAUGUCAACAAGACACUUGCCAGACUGGUUUUAGCUGACGACGGAAUGUGGCGUCACCAAUUUAUAGACGCUCUUGUGAAACACGGUGCCGAUGUAAAUGUUGAUAACGGCUACUGCAUCCAGGAAGCUGCAAAGUCUGGAGACAUUGUUAGCUUAAGUCUCUUGCUUAAGGGGAAUGUUUCUGAAUUGUCACUGUCUAAAGGAGUCGUACCGGCGAGCAAACUACGCAACAGAGAAUUACGUCUAACAAUUAUUGAUUUGCUGCUAUCAGCGGGCGCUUCUGGUCCAUUGGUACAUGAACGGUUAGUGGAACUAAUUCAGGAAUGUCCUGCUGACAUUAUCUUGAUCAGCCUAUUUCUCCAAAAGGGCAAGGCAGAUGUAAAUUUUGAUGGUGGCGCACCUAUACAUCAGGCAUGCCAAUUGAUGAGCCUGGAGCUUCUCGAGCUUUUUCUCCAAUAUCAGCCAUCGGGUUCUACUUUGAGCAGUGCAUUUCAUAUUACAAUGCGCACCCAAGACCCAUACAAGCGUUACAGUCUAUGUGCCAAGAUCCUUGCUGCUGGUAUAGAUAGGAAUAUACUGGAUGGAGCUUUGAUUGUUGAACAGCAGUCAUCAUCAAAAAGCCUAAAAAUAAUUAAAUUAUUCCUUGACCAUGGAGCGGAUGUCAAUACCAGCAAUGGCAUUGUUUUUCGAAGAGCUAUCAUACAGUCUGAUGAAGAGCAGCUUACACUUCUUGCAAGCAGAGCCCUCUCUACGCAGACAAUCUUUAAGGCUUUAGAGCUAAUUGUACAGACUAAAACGGCACGAAGGUACGAAAUGGCAAGAAUUUUAUUGAAACCUACCGAUUGUUAUGGUGCCGAUGACAUAAACCACAUAUUUCAUUAUGCAGUAACGUCCGAUAUCCGGGAUAUUCGUUUUCUAGAGCUGCUCCUUCAACAUGGAGCUUCCUUGGAUUACCAGAGAGGCCUUGCCGUACGCAAAUCAAUUGAAAAUGAGUUUCUUGACGUUUUUGAAUUAUUUCUGAAGCAGCCGCUUACACAAGAAACGCUUAAUGCUGCUUUCGAAACUUGCUUGUUAAUGGAUCCAUCUCUUCGUGUUUUAUAUGUCACAAUGCUCUUCGAGGCCGGGUAUAUGGGAAGUGGUUUAGAUGAAGCACUCCUAGAUGUAGUCAAAGGAGGGCCAUCUAAUACUGGUAUGAUCAUGCUUCUUUUGAAGCAUGGUGCUUCUCCUUAUUUUGCAAACUGUCAGCCUCUCAUUGAAGCGGCAAUGUCUCUGGACUGUUCUAUACUCAGCCUCCUUUUGAAUAAUGCUCCAGAUAAGUCUGCAGUUGCCUAUGUUUUCAAAGAAAGAAUAACAGCUAACACCAGCUGGUUGUCUGACGCCGGACUUUCAAGCAUUAAGCUGUUACUUGAGCAUGGAGCUUUCGGUGAUGCCCUGAAUGUUGCUCUAAUCAUGGCGAUUGAAGCUAUGGAAUUUAAGCCGGAAGCAGAACAGUUUGUCGAGUUAUUUCUUCAAUUCAAAGCUAGCGUCGAUUUCCGUGACGGGUGUGCUUUGCAGACUGCUAUCACCAGAGGAAAAUUGUCACUUGUCAGGAAGUUGGUACACGCCAACCCAUCGGAUAUGACGUUGAUGAUUGGGCUAUCAUGUGUCCUCAAUUUAGAUAUCCAUGAAGACAUGGUACUAGAUAUAAUUGGGAUUCUGUGCAAAGGCAAUUUGGAUAUUCGCGCGUUGAAUACUGCAUGGCACUUAAACGAACCAAAAGAAAAGUCUCCUCUAUUUCUAUGCAUUAAAAGGUGGCCAUGCAGUACCAGAGUUUUAAUGAAGCUAUUAACAAGUGGAAUGGAUGCAAAUGAAUCUAUUUUACAUUUGAUACCAGGGGAAUACGAUUCAGAGCAUAUUUCUCUCUUGCAGUGGGCAAUCUUGCAACGGGCCGGUCCAGAUGUUAUUGAGUGCUUGAUGAAGUAUGGAGCCGAGCCAAACUUCCAGUCCACAAAGACCUGGAAAACUCCUAUUAUCAUGGCUGCAAUUAGUUGCGAUCCCAAAUUGGUAUUGAUGUUAAUACAACAUGGUGCAGAUCCUUCUGGGUGUGAUAAAACAGGGCAGACUGCAUUACUUUAUGCCUGUAAAAACAAUCAAAUUCAGAUCAUGAGACACCUACUCAGUGCUGGAGCAACUGCUAAUGAUGGCAGCCUCCAUGAAGCUUCUCAGGACCUUAACGUGAAAGCUAUAAAGCUACUCAUCUCCUACGGACACAAUCCUAAUUUCCCGUCCAUGCUACACGACGGUCGCUCCCCUUUGGCAACCCUGUGUUUUAAUUGCUCUGAUACUACUUCGUCUAUAUCCAAACUGCGACAGGUUUUAGACCUUCUCAUUCUUAGCAAAGCGGACUUAAGGGCUUCCAGCCUGGGAAAACCGCUCCUUCUUCAUGCAAUAGAUAAUCAAAAGUCAUGUGUUUUGAUAACGACUGCUCUACUUGCCAGCGGAAUGUGGAAGCUGGUAAAUGAUGAAUGCAACCUCUAUACAGUGAAGGAUUUUGUUUAUUCCCCUUCAACAUACAUCACAAAGCAACUGCAAUUGAGCCCAAACCAUCAGUCAAGUCAACUUCUUCAAGUUCUUAAAGCACAUGGGUGUAAGGAUGCGUUUUAUCGUCUAUCCGGCCCUCAACCUCCGGAUAUGGUGAAUGCUCCCCUGGAAAUUGUUGCGGAAGAAAAGCGUCGGCAAGCACGUCUCAAAUAUCGCAAUGAGCUGGACGAAGACCACCAGAUGAAACUACGGCAAAAUGAAGAUUUCGCUGGGCAACAGACUAGGCAAAUGAUGCAGCUACACAAUCUAAAAAUUCAGUUGGAUCGCGAGCUUGCAGAUGAGCGAGAGGCAAGAACCGAACGGCUUUCCAAACAACAAUUGUAUCUUGAGUCUGAGUCGGCCGCGCAACAAGCACGAUUUGCCGAACAAAAUCGUACUCGAGAACUUGAGCACUCAGAAAUUAUUGCCCAACGGGAUAGGGUGAGAAUUACACAAAAGGAACAAGUUUGUCAAAUGGAAGGUAACUUGGCUGAUAAGAAAUGGAACAUGGAGAGCCUACUUAUCAAAGAACUAGACGCUGCUAAAGGGAGACAGUACGAAAGAGAUAGGGAACUUUUGAAAUUACAGCAAAGCACUUUGAUGGGGAGACAGAUAAAUCGGGAUUUCGGGGUCAAUAGCGGAAGUGUGGGCGAUGAGCAUCCAGCACAGAAGCGACUGACAUUUGCUGGUGAUGAACUGGAUUAG